AUGGAGAUUGGGCGAUUUUCUCUAUUUUUUAUCAUAAUCAUCAUAUCUCUAUUUGCUCUCAACUCCAUUACUCUUUAUCAUUACUUCUCGUCCAUCCACCCCACCCACCACCACCAUCCGGCGGUGAACCACCACCGUACGGCUGAAAGUUAUCCAUCAAACAUCCCAUACCGUAGACCUCGUUCGUCAAAGCCCUGGCCAAUCAUCCCAUCAUAUUUGCCUUGGUUUAUGAACGCAAACGUAGCUGUAAAUUCAUGUGAAGCUUAUUUCGGAAAUGGGUUUACAAAGGUAGCUGAUAUUUUACCCGCAAAGGUCGCCUCCAGUUGGUUUCGGUGUCAUUACUCGGAGACAUUGAGGACUUCAAUCUGUGAAGGUGGGAAGAUAAGGAUGGAUCCUUCGAAGAUUGAGAUGUCGAGAGGAGGUGAAAAGCUUGAGGAUGUUAUUGGCAGAAGGGAAGAAGAUGAACUGCCAAGGUUUAGAGAUGGAGCUUUUGUGGUUGAAGGUAAUCAUGGAGGAUUAAAGAGAAGGAACCUUGUUGGUGAAGGGUUCUUGCGUAAGUUUAUACCUGUUGAAGGUGAUUCAAGACAUCCUAUUAGGGAAUCGGUUAGGUCGAUUGUUGUUGUUGGUGCAAAUGAUUUCGAUUGUGAAGAGUGGGUAGAAGAGCCUACACUUCUGGUAACAAGAGUGGAGUAUGCUAACCUUUUCCACACGGUCACUGAUUGGUACAGCGCGUACGUGUCUUCUAGGGUGGCCGGCUUGCCUAAUCGGCCGCAUUUGGUCUUUGUCGAUGGCCAUUCUCAGACACAGUUGGACGAAACAUGGAAUGCAUUGUUUUCGAGCCUCAGAUACGCUAAAAGCUUCACUGGUCCAAUGUGCUUCAGCCAUGUUAUUUUCUCGCCUUUGGGGUACGAGACCCCAUUAUUUAGAGGACUCGACGAAGAAAUAGAUUGCCAUGGAGUUUCUGCUCAUGAUCUUCAGCAAAGUCCCGAUUUCGACAAAACCGCUCGAUUAUCCGAGUUUGGAGAAAUGAUAAGAGCCGCUUUCGACCUUCCAGUGAACAUGCAUCGUGCCGGUAAGGCAGCCUCCGGUCACAAUGUUCUGUUUAUCCGUCGAGAAGAUUAUUUAGCACAUCCACGCCAUGAAGGUACAGUUGAAAAAAGACUCGGCAAUGAACAAGAAGUGUUCGAUUCACUAUCGAGUUGGGCAUCUAACCAUGUUGAAUGCAAAGUGAACCUCAUCAAUGGGUUGUUUGCUCAUAUGCCGAUGAAAGAGCAGGUCCGAGUCGUUCAAGAUGCUUCGGUUGUCAUCGGUGCUCACGGUGCUGGUCUAACGCACCUGGUAUCCGCAACACCGAACACGGUGCUUCUUGAGAUCAUUAGCCCGAAAUUCAAACGGCCGCACUUCCAACUGAUUGCGCAGUGGAAAGGGUUGGAAGCUCAUGGCAUUGAUCUUCAUGGAAUAUAUGCUGAUCCUCAACUUGUCAUUAAUCGGCUUGACAGGAUAAUGAGGACUCUUGGUUGCUAAAUGAUUCAAGGUCGAUCCUU